CCCAUCCGAACCGUUUCCAAAGCGUUUGUCUGUCAAACCCACAAUUUGACAUGUUGUAGCCUGCGAACUCAAUCAAAAUAUACAUCGCUCCAAAUUAUUCGCCAAGUUAAUCACCAAAUUAUUUGUUUCCUGUGCCCGUUUUCGCAAAAUCGGUGCGUGUGUGUUUGUUCGCUUUCAGCUGGUAGCAGGGUUGGCCGUCGUAAGGACCGCCCACAAUCCAACGGAAACGCUCACGAAAAGCCGCACCCGUAGCCAGUUCCGUCGGAGGUCGGUGGUACCUUGAAGUGGGUCUAGGUGCGUACGGUACGUACGCAAAGCAUCCGGCCAAGAUUGAGACCGACGGAGCAACGUCCAGGAUGUCGGGUGAUCAGAAAACCCUCAUCAAGGGCAACCCAUCCCAGUACGUGAAGUUGAACGUUGGCGGCUGCCUGCACUACACCACGAUCGGAACGCUCUGCAAGCAGGACACGAUGCUACGGGCUAUGUUUAGCGGACGGCUGGAAGUGCUUACCGAUUCGGAAGGUUGGAUUCUGAUCGAUCGCUGUGGCACACACUUUGGCACGAUACUGAAUUUUCUUCGCGACGGUAGCGUAGCGCUGCCGGAAACAACCAAAGCGAUCGCGGAACUGCUCGCCGAAUCCAAGUACUACUGCAUCCAGGAGCUGGUCGAGGCGUGCGAAAAGGUGCUCGCCAAGAAGGAGCGCGAAUCGGAACCGAUCUGCCGGGUGCCGUUGAUCACGUCCCAAAAGGAGGAACAGUACCUGAUCAGCACAGCCACCAAACCGGUGGUGAAGCUGCUGAUCAACCGCCACAACAACAAGUACUCGUACACGAACACCUCGGACGACAAUCUGCUGAAAAACAUUGAGCUGUUCGACAAGCUGUCCCUGCGCUUCAGUGGCCGGGUGUUUUUCAUAAAGGAUGUGAUCGGUUCGAGUGAAAUCUGUUGCUGGUCGUUUUACGGCAAUGGCAAAAAGGUGGCGGAAGUAUGCUGCACCUCGAUCGUGUACGCCACCGAUAAGAAGCAUACGAAGGUGGAGUUCCCGGAGGCACGGAUUUUCGAAGAAACACUCAACAUACUGCUGUACGAGAACAAGAACGCACCGGAUCAGGAGCUGAUGCAGGCCACGUCGCUGCGCGGUGCCGUCGGUGGCAUCAGUUCGUACACGAGCGACGAGGAGGAGGAGCGGACCGGUUUGGCUAGGUUACGCUCGAACAAACAGAACAAUCCUACAUGAUUCACACAUCAGCUAGUGCUGAAGAGGAAGCUGUUGCCAAAGAGGAACUAGCACCAUCACCAUCAGCAGACAGAGGCAGAAACUCACAGCAGUGGUUGGCCGAUCGGUUGUGCCGAUCGUUCCACCAAACGGCUAUUUGAUUCCAGUGUGAGUGAGGACCGGUGUGUGGUUGUGCGCGUUUUGUGUGACUGUGUACUACGAAGAUUCAGCUCGUGGGAGUGUGUGAGCGUUAGGUGUGUGUAUGUGUGCGUGAGCAAUGAACAAAUGGAAUAGCAGCUAUGGGAUGUAAUUUACAAUAAUCUAGAACCAAUUAGGACGUUUUGUGCGGCAAGAGUCGGUAACGUUCAAUCCUAAACCCUAUAUCUUAGCCUAUCUUCCCUUUAGUCUGAGAGCAAUCCAACACCAAAGGAAGGAGCGUGAAAGGAGACUAUGGUCCUGAAGGUAAAGAGGAUAAGAGAAACGAUAGCUUGGUCACAACUAUCGACGACUCCUAAUAACCUCCCAAGUACUGUGUUGCAAAUGAACGGGAAAAAAACAAUACAUAAACUAAAUAUUCGUAUAAAACCCUAGAACUAAACUAAACUUCAUAGUAAAACAAGGAAAAGAUAAUAAAUAAUUUACAUUCUCUACA